AUGCUGUCCCUCCUCCAAGCAUCAAUUCUGGCAGUCCUUGAGGCUUUGUGUGUGUACAGUGCCGUUCACCUAGAGCAACCGGAGCCUUCCAGUACUAAAACGCUGGCAAAGACAGCCCGCCUGGAAUGUGUGGUGUCUGGAGUGACAAUUUCUGCAGUGCCCGUAUAUUGGUAUCAAGAAAGACCUGAUCAAAACAUACAGGUUCUGGUGUUCAUUUUACCUGAUGGCACUGUCAAAAAGGCAUCAGACAUUGCUCCAAACAAGUUUGAGGUGGACAGGGUGCCUGAAACAUCUACGUCUAUCCUCAUCAUUCACAACAUAGAGAAACAAGACUCAGCCACCUACUAUUGUGCCUCCAGGGACAUGCACACUGGGAGAAGUAGCAAGGUGUUCGGCCCCGGCACGACACUCAUCGUCACAGAUCAGAACUUCGAUGAAGUUGUUGCCCCCAAGCCCACUAUUUUUCUUCCUUCACUCGCUGAAACAACUCUUCAUAAUGCCGGGACCUAUCUUUGUCUUCUUGAAAAUUUUGUCCCUGAUGUUAUUAAGGUAUAUUGGAAAGAAAAGAAUAGCGAUAAGAUUCUGGAAUCCCAGCAGGGCGAUACCAGGAAGGCUGUUGACGGAUACAUGAAAUUUAGCUGGCUGACUGUGCCUGAAAUGUCACUACAGAAAGAGCACCAGUGUGUCGUCAAACACGAGAGUUAUAAAGGAGCCAAUCAGGAGAUUCUCUUUCCUCCAAUAAAGCCAGGUAUGUGUGCAUGA